ACCAUCCAGCCACUAGAAGACGACGAAAACGAAGCACGUCCUCGAUUUUUCUCCCAACGCGAAGAUUCUGGAGGUGUCUUUUCUGGAAGUGAACCAUGCCUAGCCCGAAUUGGUACGAUUACUACAUCCGCAACAUGACACCCAUCGAAGAGAAGGCUCGGCGUCGCGAAGAACGCCUUCAAAAUAAACAUCAGAUCCUGAAAGGCUUAAUGUUUUCCCUUCCUGUGGUCCUGUUGAUGCUGGUCCCUCUCGCCUCCUACUUCACCCUAACCUCUGAUACCAAUAUACGUCGUACAGCGUCGUCUCGUAGCACAGAAACCAUAGCGUGGCCACCGCAACCAACGGACACCUGGACGAACCAAUCAGCGACUGUAAAGCCACAUCGCCACGGUCAUCCCACUGUGACCACCACGGAUAGCACCCAUGACUACUUCGCUGAGUUUACCAUCGCCCAGGAAGAGCAGACUGACAGGGGUCGCGCUGGCAUACCUUACACUACAACUACUGCGGUACAUGUACCAGUCACAUUAGAUCACUCGAAAUCGCGGAAGGAUGACUUCGUGAAGAGCACAACGGCAACCGUGAUGCAGCUGACGAAGCACAACGUAGCGAGCAGCACGAUCGGUAUCGCUGUAAGAGGAGUUGGUGAAGCAGACGGCUUGUUCCACGACAGACGAACGACGCCAAAGGAGGCAGACGACAGACUUUCCGCAACAGCAACGACGCGACAAAGCAGCGCGCCUUCGGAGGCAUCAUCUCGGAGGCGCCGCUCCAGGCGAUACUACAUAACACUUACUAGAAAUCCUUACACUUCCAAUCCUACUAAACAUAGAAGCACACCCACUACUUCACCUUUCCGUCCUCGGCGACCCAGGAUCACCCGGAGAGAUAUCUCGAUCGCUACGGUUGCGGAGUAUGACGACACAGAUAGUCAAUCAUCAACGACGAAUACUGCGCAUUCGUUACCAGAGGCGGCCUCUCUACAAACGAAAGUCCAUACCACAGCCACGGUAGCUGUAGUGACAUUGGCCACCAUGCUCACACGUCGCCGUGUACACAGACGUCGACCAAUGAGAAUUGCGGAAGAAACUGAGGGCAUUAGUGAGGUGACAGAGACACGUGCAACGAACGAUCAGGCGGUAUCCACAGAGGCUGCGUCGUUAACCACCGAACACACGACAGAACACGCCACAACAGAAGCCCUCGAUGAUGCAAACGAUCAGCUUCACUCCGAAUCAUCGAUCCAUCGACCAAAACCCGAGACCAUUUUGUUAACCAGCAGCCUUACGGAACAAACGCAAUAUACUCCUUCGACGGCUACGACGGCUAUAUCCCCCUCGACGAAUCGAGAAACGAAUACAUAUCAGUUGCCAGGAAUCGCUAGGCGAUUUCCAGAAAACCGCGAUAGGAGACGAGUUCGUCGGCAUCGCAGACGACGAUCCACAACCGAAGAAGCAGGUGAGCAAACCACGACAGAGAUAUCGCCGUUUGAUUUUAACCUGGCAAUGAAAGGCAAGGACAGGAGUCGAGUCGGUUGGCGUCGCAGACGACGAUCCACAAGCGAAAAAGCAGAUGAGCAAACCACGACAGAGAUAUCGCCGUUUGAUUUUAACCUGGCAAUGAAAGGCAAGGACAGGAGGCGAGUUAAUUGGCAUCGCAGACGACAAUCCACAACAGAAGCGGAUGAAGAAACUACGACGAAUAUAUCGCCGUUUGACUUUAACUUUCCAAUGAAAGGCAAGCACGUGAUAGCCCAAGAGGACUUCCCGACUACUAGAAGGAACCUAGGGAGGAGAAUUAUUUUUCGCCCAACGGGUGUUGAGAGUACACCGGGAAGCCACCUUGCGAUGGAAGGGAAGACGUCUGCUGGUACUCACGACUACCUGGAUAUUAUUGGAUAUUUCUUAGUCCCUGGGAGAACGACAGCUUUCAGCAGCGCACGUGCUUCCAGGAACGAAGAUGACAGCAAGUCAGGGCACAGGAGAGCAUGACUUGUAUGGAGACGAAGAUCUAGGCCGCGAACAGGUUCACUACUGGUAGUUAUGACAUUAGUUACGAAAGCCUCUGAUAAGACAAUUAAAUUAAUAGAGACCAUA